AUGACAGACGCAAACAAGGCCAAGGAGUAUGUCCUCGGCGCUGCGGCUCUUACAUGCACCGUGGUCAGUCUGCUGGCUUCCAUUCUGUGCAUGUACUGGUUCUGUCGCAUGGGCAAGCGCUUCCGCCAUAGACUGAUCAUGAUACUCAUAUACGGUGACCUCGUGCGUGGCGCAUGGGUCUUUGUCUUUGCCGUCCUCUCGCUCGCCCGUGGCAAAGUCAGGACAAGGAGUACCUUUUGUCAAGUCAGCGGCUUUCUGGUACAAUACGGGACCCAGACAAGUGACUAUGCCGUCUUUGUCAUGGCCCUGCACAGCGGCAUGCAAGUCUUCUACCCAUCGACAUUGGUCAGUUCUGACGGACUCUACCCCUGCCGUCGCUAUGUCUACUUUGGAGCCUUUGCCCUCCCGAUCCUGAUGGCUGCUCUGGCCUUUAUCAAUCCAAAGCAAGCCUACAUAUCGCAAGGUUCUUUCUGCACACUCCCCAUCCGGCCUUUCUGGUAUCGCCUCGCUCUCACUUGGGUCCCACGCUACAUCAUCGUGCUCACCAUCCUCGGCUUUGCCAUUGCCAUCUACACACAUGUUGGCUUCGAGUUCCGUGCCUACUCCAACGCAGACUACAGUUUCCAGAGCUUUAUGCCCUCUGACGGCUCGAAUGCGACCCCCCACGACACACAGAAUGAGAUCAAAAUGGAGGACAUCACCUUCGAGCUCACCGACGUCGAGUCUCGACCGCGGUCAACACGACGCAAGUCGUCACCUGGACACGACAUCUUCACAUCUCAGCGCCGCAACUCUUCCGCGCCCGCCCUCGGCGCAUUCUCUACGGCACCUCAGCGGGUCUCUCUUGAGAGCGGAAUGGACGCGUACUCCCUGCCAGGAAGCACGCUGAACCACCUCCGCCGCCCAGACCCCACACGCCCCGUCCUCCUCGCAAUCCCAUCCGGACAGAGCAUCGACCGACCCUCUCCGCCACACGCCACCAACACUUCCGACCCCGAGCCCACCGCGACCCCCCUCUCCUCCGCCUCCUCACGCUCGCCCUCGCCCUCGGCGGCGCAAUUCCUCCUCGCCAGACAGCGCCAGCGCAUCCACCGCCAACUGCGCCUGCUGUUCAUCUACCCGCUGGUCUACAUGCUCAUGUGGCUGCUCCCCUUCCUGCUGCACUGCAUGAACUACUGGGACAGGUACGCCACCUCGCCCAUCGAGUUCCUGCGCGUCGGCUCCUCCAUCAGCAUCACGCUCAUGGGCUUCGCAGACGCCCUCAUCUUCUCCCUGCGCGAGCGGCCCUGGCGCGGCAUCCAGGGCUCCGACGGCAGUUUCUGGGGCAGCUUCGUGUGUGCGCGCUGUCCGCGCGCGGGUGAUGCCGAGCCCGAUCCCGACACCCAUGUUGAUGCCAAUCUCGACGAUCCGGCCGCACGCGCCAGCCUGUCUGCGAGCACGCGCCCGCGCGGCAGCCAGAGUCACAGGACCUCUGCGAGCGGCGACUUUGCGCGCGCCGCGGCCGAGCACGCGCGCCUCAGGCUCGAUCUGGAGCGCGAGGAGCGGGUUAAGGCGCUUGGCGAUGGGAAGCGUAGGGCCGCGGAUGCGAGGGGGGCUUUGAAUGUUGGCGAUGGGGGGAGGGGGCAGGUGUAUGAUGAUAAUGGGCUUGAGGAUGAUACUGCUAACACGUCUCGCGGGAGGGUGUGA